ACCCAUCGGUAAUUGGCUCCUGCCCAGCCCUUGUCCAGGCUCACUCAGCCCCCACCCAGAUGCCGCCCAGGCCCGCCCAGCUGCCGCCCAGGGCCGCCCAGCUGCCGCCCAGGCCCGCCCAGCUGCCACCCAGGCCCGCCCAGCCUGGCCAGGGCCUGCUCCCAGCGUAGAUGCGUGCAGCUCUGGCCGCGGCCGUGCCUUCGGCCAUGGCUGGGGGUGUUAUGCUAGCAGACCACACUGGGGCGGAACUGUCAGCGGCUCCCUAUUGGUCACCCGGCUGGCUGGACUGCCGCCACACCUCCAACAUUGUGUUUAGCAACGGUGCAGCCAGUGGAGGCAGAACUACAGGAGCUAGCAUGACACGAGCUGUCCGGCACUAGAGUUGGAGACGGGCGCGGUGGCACCAGUGGCGGCUGCUGUGGAGGCGGGUGAUGUGCCGACUGCAGUGGAGGCGGGUGUCAAGGUGGUGGGAGACGUCAUGCCCAGCAGACACGCCAGUGGUUGUUGUUGCACGUUUGACACAUUCAUACCAUUCAGACAUCAUAUGCCAGGCUUGGGUUAAUGGCACAGACGUAAUAUAGUGUUGUAGACAGUGGCAGACCGGGAGAGUAAGACUGUGGUGGGCUUUGAAUGCACGGAGACUCAGCUGGAGAGUGCCAAGGAGUAGGUGUUGUUGGUGAGUUGGACUGGGAACACAAGGCAGGUGACCUCCUCGCUGCCCUGCCGCCGUUGGUCUCUUGGGCACGAGGUGAAGUACAUUGAUGCAGUCAGUGGAAUGCAGUAGUACUGGUGCGUGGGGGCAGUUGACAUGGGUUGUCACUUCGUACAAAAUGCAGCAGGCGGCUGAUUGUGUGAUCACUGCUAGGGCGGGGCUUGUAUAUCAAGGCGGCAUCAUGUAAAGGAGACACUUU